AUGUCGGCGGUGAUGAUAAGCAGGAAGGUGCGGAAAUGGGAGAAGCUGCCAGGCAAGAACACUUUCUGCUGCGAUGGGCGAGUGAUGAUGGCCAGGCAGAAGGGAGUCUUCUACCUGACUCUCUUUCUCAUCAUUGGGACCUGCGCCCUCUUCUUCGCCUUUGAAUGUCCGUAUCUCGCUGUCCACCUAUCCGCCACCAUCCCAGUCUUCGCCGUUGUGCUCUUCCUCUUUGUCAUAGCCAUGCUAUUGAGGACCAGCUUCAGUGACCCGGGGGUCCUUCCUCGAGCGCUCCCUGAGGAGGCCAGGUUCAUCGAGAUGGAGAUUGAGGCCGCCAACGGCAACGUCCCCAGCGGGCAGCGACCGCCGCCUCGAAUCCGCAACGUGGAGAUCAACAACCAGAUCGUCAAGCUCAAGUACUGCUACACGUGCAAGAUCUUCCGGCCUCCGCGGGCAUCCCACUGCAGCAUCUGCGACAACUGCGUCGACCGCUUUGAUCACCACUGCCCGUGGGUGGGCAACUGCGUUGGCAAGAGGAACUACCGCUACUUCUACAUGUUCACCCUCUCGCUCUCGCUGCUCACCAUUUACAUCUUCACGUUUGACAUCGUCCACGUGGUCAUGCGUUCAGUGGACGAUGGCUUUUUGAGCACUUUGAAGGAAACACCUGGAACUGUGCUGGAAGUGCUGGUGUGUUUCUUCACGCUGUGGUCAGUGGUCGGCCUGACGGGGUUCCACACCUACCUGAUCUCGCUCAACCAGACCACCAAUGAGGAUAUUAAAGGAUCUUGGUCGGGAAAGAACCGAGUGCAGAACCCAUACAGUCACAAGAACAUCUUUAAAAACUGCUGCGAGGUUCUCUGUGGGCCUACGUACCCAAGCGUCUUGGACAGAAGAGGCCUGAUGAAUGAAGAGUUGCCCAUUUCUGUGUCAUCUGCUGCACCGUCCUCCUCCUCUUCCGCCUCUUUAUCUUUCUCCAACAACAGCAAGUCAGCUCAACCAACCACUAAAACCACGGCGCCGCUGAUCCCAAACGAACACACGCCCGACGAGGCCAAGCCGAGCGUCGGCACCUCUGCAGAGCACACCCCCUCAUCGUCCGACGACCGUCGUCCUCCCUCUUCCUCCGUCCCGCCUCUGGCUUCCCCGGAGACGGACGCCGAGGCCUCCGUCGCCAAGGAUAGGAACCACUAA